GCGGCCGCCGGACGCGGAGACCGAGGGACAUCAGCGUCCGGAAGCCGAGCUGCGGCCGCCAGGUGCCUGCCUGCCCGCCUGCCCGCAGCCGCCUAACCCCGGGGAGCUGUGCACGGAGGAGAGGCGUGCUGGUCACCAUGACAACAGAGACAGGCCCCGAUUCUGAGGUGAAGAAGGCUCAAGAGGAGGCCCCGCAGCAGCCCGAGGCCGCCGCUGCGACCACCCCCGUGCCCCCCGCCGGCCACGGCCACCCAGAGGCCAACUCCAAUGAGAAGCCUGCGCCCCAGCAGGACGCUCGGCCUGCGGAACAGAGCCUAGACAUGGAGGAGAAGGACUACAGUGAGGCCGAUGGCCUGUCAGAGAGGACCACGCCCAGCAAGGCCCAGAAGUCACCCCAGAAGAUAGCCAAGAAGUACAAGAGUGCCAUCUGCCGGGUCACUCUGCUCGACGCCUCUGAGUAUGAGUGCGAGGUGGAGAAACAUGGCCGGGGCCAGGUGCUGUUUGACCUGGUCUGUGAGCACCUCAACCUGCUGGAGAAGGACUACUUCGGCCUGACCUUCUGUGACGCCGACAGCCAGAAGAACUGGCUGGACCCCUCCAAGGAGAUCAAGAAGCAGAUCCGGAGCAGCCCCUGGAAUUUCGCCUUCACAGUCAAGUUCUAUCCCCCUGACCCCGCGCAGCUGACAGAAGACAUCACGAGGUACUACCUGUGCCUGCAGCUGCGGGCAGACAUCAUCACAGGCCGGCUGCCCUGCUCCUUCGUCACACACGCCCUGCUGGGCUCCUAUGCCGUGCAGGCUGAGCUGGGAGACUAUGACGCCGAGGAGCAUGUGGGCAACUACGUCAGCGAGCUCCGCUUCGCCCCGAACCAGACCCGGGAGCUGGAGGAGAGGAUCAUGGAGCUGCACAAGACGUACAGGGGCAUGACCCCGGGAGAGGCGGAAAUUCACUUCCUAGAGAACGCAAAGAAGCUUUCCAUGUACGGCGUAGAUCUGCACCACGCCAAGGACUCCGAAGGCAUCGACAUCAUGCUGGGGGUGUGUGCUAACGGCCUUCUCAUCUACCGGGACCGGCUGAGAAUCAACCGCUUUGCCUGGCCCAAGAUCCUCAAGAUCUCGUACAAGAGGAGUAACUUCUACAUCAAGAUCCGGCCCGGGGAGUAUGAGCAGUUUGAGAGCACAAUUGGCUUUAAGCUGCCAAACCACCGGUCGGCCAAGAGACUGUGGAAGGUCUGCAUCGAGCAUCACACGUUCUUCCGGCUGGUGUCCCCUGAGCCCCCGCCCAAGGGCUUCCUGGUGAUGGGCUCCAAGUUCCGGUAUAGUGGGAGGACCCAGGCCCAGACCCGCCAGGCCAGUGCCCUCAUCGACCGGCCCGCACCCUUCUUCGAGCGUUCUUCCAGCAAACGGUACACCAUGUCCCGCAGCCUUGAUGGAGCAGAGUUCUCGCGUCCAGCCUCGGUCAGUGAGAACCACGACACGGGCCCUGACGGAGACAAGCGCGAGGAGGACGGCGAGUCUGCAGGGCGGCGGUCCGAGGCCGAGGAGGGGGAGGUCAGGACCCCCACCAAGAUCAAGGAGCUGAAGUUCCUGGACAAGCCGGAGGACGUGUUGCUGAAGCACCAGGCCAGCAUCAACGAGCUCAAGAGGACCCUGAAGGAGCCCAACAGCAAACUGAUCCACCGGGACCGGGACUGGGAGCGGGAGCGCAGGCUGCCCUCCUCGCCCGCCUCCCCCUCCCCCAAGGGCACCCCUGAGAAAGCCGGCGAGGCCCAGAGGACCCAGGACACCCCUGAGCAGGACUUGGGAUCUGAGCCUGGAGCGGCCGCAGGCUGGGAAGUGUUCACUCAGAAAAGCCUCGCAGCGUCUCCUGAGGGCUCAGAGCAUUGGGUAUUUAUAGAAAGACAGUGCACUAGGCCGGAAGAGCUCGGCCUCCUCCGAGCGGCCACCACGCAGCAGGAGGACAGCGAGGCGGGCCUUGCCGACGUUCUUGCUGACGGCAGACUCUCCAAGGUGGACGUUCUGGUGGACAAGUUCAAAGUGGAAGUGGCCACGGAAGAAAUGGUGGCAAGCCAAAGAGCAAACACCCAGCGACAAGGAAGGAUGGUCGUGAGUCCUGAAGACUUCGAGUCCGUGUGGGAGGAAGGCCGCUGGGUCAGCGAGAGCCCAGCGUGCACUGCCCCGGCCGCAGGCUGCACGUCGGCAGCCCAGCUUCUCGAGGGCUGCGAGCUCAGGGCGGGCGCCGGGGAGGCAGCUGUCAGGAGCCGCUUUGUCUCCGGGGGCCGGCCGCGCGGGGGCCUGGAGGAGCUGCAGAGCUGCGGGAGGCGCCGUGCCUCGGGGAGCAGCCCAGCAGAAGUGGACGCCCCCUCUCCGGCCUCCGACAAGGGAGGCCUCCAGUCGUUUCUCCUAGACCCGGCGCACUCGGAAGCCAGGGCCGACUCGAGCGAUGAAACCGACACCUCCUUGGCAGAGAGGAGCUUCUAUUUAAACUACGGAGAGAGAGACUCGGAAGAGCAAGGCCUCCCUCCAGCCCUGGAGGAGAGAGAAGAGCCCCCGGAUGCGCCUCCUGCAGCUGAGGCCAGGCAGGAGCAGUCCAAGGGACCCCUGGCCCCAGGGGCCUCUGCUGCAGCUUCGGGUGGGAGUGAGGAUGAAGCAAACACAGCUUCCUUGGAGGAGGGGGUGGCACCCCCCGAGGGCCUGAAGGAGCAUUCUGCAGGAUGGAUGUUUGCUGAGGACCAGGGAGAAGCGAGGCAAGGAAUGGAGAGAGAGUUUACCCACCCGGCAGCUGGUGCGGCCGAGGAGGGGGAGCCCCCUGGGAGUGGAGGUUUGAUGGGAGGGGCUGAGGAAAGCCCCCCGGCAGGAUGGAGGAACCACUCCCCGCAGGGAAGAGGGGCUGGGCACCCAGACGCCCCGGCCCGCGUCCUCCAGUGGGCCGCCCCUCCUGAGGUCAGGAAGCCGGCCAGGCUGGAUGCAGGCAACCUACAGCUGCAAGAGAGGCGAGUGACUCAGAGCCAGCCCUGGGAGCCUGAGGCCUCCGCACCUCCUCGAAGAGAGGCCACCACCCCGCCGCCAGCCUUCCCCAGGAGCUCUGAGGCUCUGGCAGCACUGCAGGGAGCUCCUCCAAGCCCCGCUGCUCCCAGGUCCGGAGGGUCUGUGGUGCUCGGGGCUCAGGCUCCUGCAUGGCUCACAAAUGCCCAGGAGCCCACAGGCCUCGCUGGGUCAGCUGUGCCACCUGUCCCCAGCAGAAAGCCCCGAGUUGUCCCCGAAGAAGCCGAGGCAGCCACACCCCUGGGGCUGCAAAGGCAAGUGACCUCCUUUCAGGCUGGGGGCCAAGAGAGCUCCCUGGAAGACAUCAGCAAGACCUCAGUGGCCACCAAAAUUCGAAUAUUUGAGACCCACGGAGCUGAGCCUCGCCUGGCGCGUCAGCUUGAAGCCAGGGCUCUUCCUGGUGACCUGUCUCCAGAGGCGCCCACAGGACAGGUGGAGCAACAGCGGAGCAAGCUCUUAGACCUGGGUUUCAUCCAACUCCAGCCCCCGGGGGACUUCGCCAGCCCCAGAGCCAUGCCUUGUUCCGCCCCGCCUCUGAGCACCAGGCACGCAGGAAGUGGCACUUCUGCCAGCUCCCCCCAGGAAGCGCGCCCAGAGCUCAGGCUCGUGUCCCCCGAUUCAGGCUGUGAAGCCGCGCUGGAGGAAGCUCCCGGGAGCAAGCCCGGAGAUGCGGCCAGGGGAGAGAAGCGCCUCACCCGCCUGGCAGCCAAGGCCCCUGGCAAGGGGGCGCGCCUGGGACGCACCAGCCCCCCGGGCCCCCAGAGAGCAGGGCUGAGGGAGGGCUCGGAGGAGAAAGUCAAACCGCCACGUCCUCGGGCCCCCGAGAGUGACACAGGCGAUGAGGACCAGGACCAGGAGAGGGACGCGGUGUUUCUGAAGGACAACCACCUGGCCAUCGAACGCAAGUGCUCCAGCAUCACGGUCAGCUCCACGUCCAGCCUGGAGGCCGAGGUGGACUUCACGGUGAUCGGCGACUACCACAGCAGCGCCUUCGAGGACUUCUCCCGCAGCCUGCCGGAGCUCGACCGAGACAAGAGCGACUCAGACACCGAGGGGCUGGUGUUCUCCCGGGACCUCAAGGGGGCCCCCAGCCAGGACGAGGAGUCUGGGGGCGCCGAGGACAGCCCGGAUCGAGGGGCCUGCUCCACCCCGGAAAUGCCCCAGUUUGAGCCCGUGAAGGCAGAGACCAUGACCGUGAGCAGCCUGGCCAUCAGGAAGAAGAUCGAGCCGGAGGCCAUGCUGCAGAGCCGAGUCUCCGCUGCAGACCACACCCAGGUUGAUGGGAGUGCCCUGGCGGGGAAGGAGUUCAUGGUCACCGCCCCCUCCAUCACCACAGAGACCAUAUCAACCACCAUGGAGAACAGUCUCAAGUCCGGGAAGGGGGCAGCUGCCAUGAUCCCAGGCCCACAGACGGUGGCCACGGAAAUCCGUUCUCUUUCUCCGAUCAUCGGGAAAGAUGUCCUCACCAGCACCUACGGCGCCACCGCGGAAACCCUCUCAACCUCCACCACCACCCAUGUUACCAAAACUGUGAAAGGGGGGUUUUCUGAGACGAGGAUCGAGAAGCGAAUCAUCAUUACCGGGGACGAAGAUGUGGAUCAAGACCAGGCCUUGGCGUUGGCCAUCAAGGAGGCCAAGCUGCAGCAUCCUGACAUGCUGGUGACCAAAGCUGUCGUGUACAGAGAAACAGACCCGUCCCCGGAGGAGAGGGACAAGAAGCCGCAGGAAUCCUGACCUCCGUGAGGAGACGCCGCAUUUCUGGUCCAAGCCAAGCCAGAGAACCAUUAAGAAGGGGCCUUCAUUCUGGAUUCUCCAAUGCGACACCCACGUCCCAGCUGCGCGUACUGUCACUGAUGAGAGACCGGGAAGGAAAAAGCAUAUAUAUAGAGAUAUAUAGAGAUAUAGAUAUAUAUACAGGAAACACCGCGUCCACGUGCUGCCGCCGGCGCUGCCGCUGCCGUCGCCGCCGCCACAGCCAACAUCUGAACACCUACAUUCCCUUUGCAGACGCAUUGAAAAAUUGGCGGGAUUUUUUUUUUUCCAGGAAAAACAAAACAAAACAUCACGACAGACCACCGUAUCUCGUACCCAACCCCCAGCCCACCCCGCCCUCCCCGCUGAGUGACAAAAGUAAGCCGGACCACGGGGAUGUAGAAGCACCCCACACCUGCCCUGGUGCUGCGCGCCCCAGCGGGGGUGGGGGACAAGAUCGCAGCGUCCGGCGGGCGCCCACGCACAGGCAAAGGAGAACACUCGUGCAGCAAGGCGCGCAGUCAGGCGUUGUCCGAGAAAGGAAGGAAAGCCCCCCCUCGGGAAGGAGGCGGGCAGGAGCACUGGGGUGUUAUUUUCUGGGUGUGGGCCCUGGGCCACAGAACCCGCCUUCCUCUCUUCCACACCCCUUUCCCCUCUUCUGUCUCGGCUCCCGCCCCCUCCCAUCGCGCCCCUCUCCCCACCCCACCCGCCCCGCCAGGUCCUGGUCCUGCCAAGGACCACAAAUGACCACAAAUGACUCUCACUCGGAAGAGAAAAAGGAGAGGGAGCGAGAGCAGGUGCGCGAGGCCACGGGGGCAGGGGACGCAGACACUGUCCACCGUCCCCCGGUGAGGGUGCCGGGCCCAGCAGACGUGUGGAUGUGCUUUCAUGUGAUGUAGAUUACAAAUAACAGGAGGCGACUAGUAACAUAAACAGUACUGGUGAGUAUGACGCUGACAUUUUAAAGUUACCAUUACCUAACUGUGAUUGAUGUAGCCAAGGUUCCUAGAUCUCGCCCCCCGCCCCGUGGGUAGUGGGCUGCCGCGACCAGACCGGCAUAGUGAUCCUGUGUGUGGUGUUUGUAACUGGUUGAUUGGUGGGGAGGGUGGGCGCUCCAGACGGAGAGGUGAGGGCUUGGCAAGAGGGAAGUCCCGGAGAUGUAGUCCCGAACAUGUGGGCCAACACGCCUUCUCCCCCCGCGGUAGCCGCUAGGACCUGGCCUGUGCUCAGCCGUGGGGUCCUGCCACUGGGGUCCCCACAGCACACAUCCCCUGGCUCGGUCCUCCUACCUCCCUAGAGGGCUUGCCUUGCUCUUCAGUCCUCUCUCUCUCUCUCUCUCUCUCUCUCUCUCUCUGUUUUUGUUUGCCACAUGUCUUGGGCUCCCCUAACCACGCCGUGAUGACUAACUCUGUAUCCUAAGGGAGACAGAGCCCUUGGCCAUGGUAGAAGAUGCUGGCUUUCACCAAGCUGUUGUCUUCUCCUCUCCCCCUCGGGGCCUGGGUCGAAGCAGCCAUGCUAAAGAGGCCGAGGCACCUCCCCUGCCCCAGAGCAAGGAAGGCGAAAGGGAAAGUCCCAGCUGGGUGCCUCCCACUUGGUGUGGGACCUUGGCUUUGGGGACCUCCCGGUCAGCAUCGAGCUCUGAGCCCUGCCCUGAGACCACUGGGGCCCCUGGGGAGAGUCACUUCCCUGAGCUCCGCCCUGCCCCCUUCUGGGGACACCUUACUUUCUCAGUCACCGCUGCUAAGGAUCGGAUGCAGUUGCUCAGCCAGCCCUGUUCUCAACCGAAGGAGAAAGUGUGAAGAGAGGGGAGGGGCACAGGAAGCCACAGGAGCCACACCUCCGUCCCCAGUCCUGGCCAGCCCACCUAAAAGCACCUCCCACUUUCUGACCUGCCGGUCAGUGUUCGGGAUGCCCCCCAGAGGGCCCAGGCCACAGACACCCUCUUGGCUUGCCCAUCACUUGCCCUGACAGCACAGACCUCGGUCGGGCAAGAAACUAGAAGAGCAUUUGAUCUCUGCACACAAACGGGGCUCUCAGACGGCAGAGAGCCGAGAGCCACUCCAAGCCCCGCUGGGCGCAGAGCCCGCUUCCUGUGCACCAGGCUGUAGUCACAGUCCUGGUGCAGAAGCCACAGAACCUCCUGCCUGCCCUUCUCAGCGCGAGAGGCCCACUCUUUCUGGGCCACUCAGAAUUUGUCUCUGGUACCCACUUCUGCAAGAACCGGAUGUCCUGAGUACGCAGGGCGCCACUCAGAGGGCAGGUCCUUGUUCUGGCCUUUGCACCUGCCCCCAGCCCCUGGGGGUGGGGCUUAGGGCUUGGCUUGUGGGCCGCCAGGGUCUGGGGAGGUGUGCAGCCCGUGGACGCAUGCGCUGACCUUCCUCCCACAGUGAGGCCGGAGGCAGGCAGUGCCUCCGGGGAGGAGGAGACCUGCAAAGCUGGAAUCUGGGCCACUGGCUCCUCUCCAUAGAGAAUACAGAUGUUCGUCUCGUCUGUCUUCAACCUACUUUUCCUUUUCUCUUUCUCACAUUUCUCAGUCUCUCUGUGCCGCCUCUCCGCCCAGAGGCUGUGUGGCCCAGUGGAAAAAGUCCCCGAGCACCGCUGGGAGCUCUGGGUGAGCGUCUUGGUUCAGACCCUGGCUCGCCGCGUGCUGUGGGCUCGCCCCUGCCUCCCUUCCUGCCUCAGUUUCCCCACCUGCAGGAUGAGCAAGGCAAGCCAGGUUUCCUCCAGGGUCUUUUUCCACUCUGCCGCCUUAGAGAUCUUCGUCUCCUCUUACUUUGCUUUCUCCGGAUCGUCUCCAUCUGAGGGUACAGCGCGUGCCAGGGUCGGUUGGUUUUUGAGUCCUGCAAGCACAUUCCAAGACUGGCCUGAAACUGCAUGAGCAACAUCACUCUUAAGUCAUUUUUUUUUCCCAGAAGCACCUUACCAGCCAACUGCGAUGCUGUCCUGUUCCUUUCUACUCACGCCCCUCUCUCCUCUCUCGUCCCACGCUCCCCACCUCAGUGCUCCGUGCUGUAUGCGUGUGCUCUCUGUUCUUGUAUACUCAAUAAAAGUGAAAUAAAUGUGUUUGAUGCCG